GGUACUCUUCUCCCUAAUGUCCUGAUUUUAUUUCUAAACAACUAUAAAAAAAUAUUUUUUGAAUAAUAAUUUUAAAACAAUCAUUCUUUUUUUAAUCUAGUCCACAAAUCUUAGAUCGAUGGCCUUAUAGUAGCCUACUAUUUACGCACAAUCGUUCCUUUUCGAUGUUUCAAGAGGAAAACGUAUGAUCAAGGCAAGGAAUUUUAAAUUAUGCCUAGUUUCUGACAAAAUAAUUACAGUACAUAUAACCUGCCGAAAUCAGAUGAGAAUAUUUUGAAUGCCAUGUUGAAUAUUUAGAACGGAAUCGUGUUCAAAUAAAUCGUGGAACUAGAACAAACACUUUGAAGGUCAUGACCGUGACGUCAUCCAAAACAAUCUCUAUAUAAAAGGAACGAAAUUUCCAGAGAGAUAUAUAAAUACAGGAGACGAUCCAAGUGUUCAUCACUUGAUAUAUAGUUUAUUGUACUGUACUUGGUAUUAUUUAAUAUUCAUUUAUUUAAUUUUAAAAUAUUCUACACAUUCGUGGAUCUGCAGUAUGUAUAAAAUGUUGGCGAUUCAAUGUUACGGGCUAUUACUUCUCUGUUUAUCGAAUAUUGUUUCCUCAAAAAAGUUAGAUCAACCGAUGAAUUUUAAUGCGGAGGCAACAAAACUUUUAAAAGAAUCAAUUGCUUCAGGAGCAACCAAAGAAUGGAUUGAUGGAUGGAUGAAAGGCUGGCAAGAAGGAUUUAGUUUCAAAAAAAGUGGAGCCGAUCGCGCAUUAAAAAUAAUGGGCUCCAGUUCCAGCGAUAAUAUUCCACUUGUCGUUCCUACUAGUCACGAUUACCAAAGUUUCGUUAGUCGUGGACGUAUGAAUGGCGAAAAUCAAAAACAAGGACAACUGCAAAGUCAAGCUAGUAACCAAUAUAAAUCUUAUAAUAAUCGUGGUCAAAGAAUGCCAGGACAGAGAUACAAAUUUGUAGGAUCCUUCGAUGAUGGCCGUAGAACAUUUGGAGAUUUCCAAAAUAGCCGAUGGAAUAGUCAAAAAGGAGUUUUUGAAACUUUUCUUCCUUUAACAGCAAGUAGCUCCAAUAAGAAAGAUUAUUUUGCAUCUUACAACAAUAAAGGACAAUAUAAACCGUCAAUGCAAGGCGAUUAUAGUCAUACAGUAUACAUAUACAAGGAAUAAGAUGUUUUUAUUAAUUAUCUAUAUUCAUCAUAA